CUCCGUUUCCCACAGGCUCAGAGCCACGGAUGAACCUGGAGCGUUGGUUCCCCUUCCGCUAGCUGUAGAGAAAUAGUCAUCACAAGAGAAGUCGUGUAUUUCGGCCCAGAGUGGAAGUUCCAAGCAGAAAAGAACAUUCUAAGUCAUGAGGUGUGAAUUGCAUUGGCCUCCCAGAUAUGCUCCGGCGAAGAUACUGAGGGGAGGGAGUUUUUCCUGGGAGAUGGCCCCUUGAAUACCCUGUGGAGGCAUUUACACAUUUCCUAACCACAGUAUUUCCUGAGCUGUGUCCCCUAGAAGCCUAUGUGAACCCCGAGGACAGGCUCUAGGCAUUGAUGAUUCUGACACGGAGAAGAGUCUGUAGUUUUCUAGUUUCCCCUCUUCCAUCUGGGUUUAUGGGUUGUGUAUGAUGGGUGCUUGUCUGGUGGUGGACAGUAUUAUUUAGCCAGUCCAAGAUCUCACAAGUCAGACUGAUCUCACAAGUCCUUUCUUCUUGGUCAUGUUAUUCCUCAAGAGAAAGAAGGCUCCUGAAGUGGAAAGGAGCACUGCUUUUUAACGGCCAUCUCAAGUUUCACUGGGGAACAUGCCCAUCGAGCUUUACCCACUCUUAUGCCAGAAGUGGAAUUUCCUGACCGGUUCUUCACAGUUCUAACCAUGGACCAUGAAUUGGUGACAUUCAGAGAUGUUGUCAUCAACUUCUCUCAGGAAGAGUGGGAAUACCUGGAUUCUGCUCAGAGGGAUUUAUAUUGGGAUGUGAUGAUGGAGAACUAUAGCAACUUGGUCUCACUGGAUUUGGAGUCUAGGUGUGAGACAGAGAUUUUAUCUGUAAGAAAGGAUGUUUUUGAAAACAGUGGUUCUCAGUUGGAAGUAAUGGAAAAUAGCAAUCUCAUUGACUUCAAAAGCUCCAUUUUCAGAAAUGACUGGCAAAGCAAAAACAAGAUUGAAGUAAAACGACCUGGAUGGAGAUGUUUCAGUAAGAUGAAAAUCAUCUCUGACAAACAGCCCAAUUAUAAGAAUUAUAAAUAUCUUACAUUACCUCAGAGAAUGCAUGGUGGUGCGAAGCCCUAUGAAUAUAAGGAAUGUGGGAAAGUGUUCAGUUGUGACUCAAACUUUGAUCACUAUCAGAGAAUAAUACAUACUGAUGAGAAAACCUAUGAAUGUAAUGGAUGCCGGAAAAACUCUGGGAUGGAUAAUUCACAUAUACUACAAUUGAAUAUUCAUACUGGAGUGAAGCCUUGUAAAUAUAUGGAACAUGGGAAUAAACUUAGUUUCUAUGAAGAUCUUAGUCUUUACCAAAAAAUUUAUAGCAUUGGGACGUUCUAUAAGUGUAAGGAAUAUGGGAGGAUCUUUAGAAGUGUUGGAGAAAUUACUCCCAUUCAAAGAAUUCAUGAUGGUGAGAAGCCCUAUGAAUGUACAUUCUGUGGGAAAUCCUUUAGGGUGCUUGCACAACUUACUCGACAUCAGAAAAUUCAUACUGAUGAGAAACCUUACAAAUGUAUGAAAUGUGGCAAGGACUUUAGAUUUCAUUCACAGCUUACUGAACAUCAGAGAAUUCAUACUGGUGAGAAACCAUACAAAUGUGUCCACUGUGAGAAGGUUUUUAGAAUUAGUUCACAACUCGUUGAACAUCAGAGAAUUCACACUGGUGAGAAACCUUAUGCAUGCAAGGAAUGUGGGAAGGCUUUUGGAGUCUGUAGAGAACUUGCUCGACAUCAGAGAAUUCAUACAGGUAAGAAACCCUAUGAAUGUAAGUCAUGUGGAAAGGUCUUCAGAAAUAGUUCAUCCCUGACUAGGCAUCAGAGAAUCCAUACUGGUGAGAAACCCUAUAAAUGUAAAGAAUGUGAGAAAGCUUUUGGAGUAGGCAGUGAACUUACCCGACAUGAGCGAAUUCACAGUGGUCAGAAACCUUAUGAAUGUAAGGAGUGUGGUAAGUUCUUCAGACUUACUUCAGCCCUUAUUCAACAUCAGAGAAUUCACAGUGGUGAGAAACCCUAUGAAUGUAAGAUCUGUGGGAAGGCCUUUAGACAUAGUUCAGCCCUUACUGAACAUCAGAGAAUUCAUACUGGAGAGAAACCUUAUGAAUGCAAGGCAUGUGGGAAGGCCUUUAGACAUAGUUCAUCUUUUACAAAACAUCAGAGAGUUCAUAGUGCUGAGAAACCCUAUGAAUGUAAGGAAUGCAGGAAUGCCUUUAGUGUGGGUGAGAAUAUUACUUGAAAAAUUUCUACUAUUUUUUAAUGAAAUGAGUAUUUAUUUGAAUGAAAUGAGUGUGUGAGGGCCUUUUCCUUGUGAUUUUGACUGGAAAAAAAUUUGAGGAUAUAAAAUAUAAUCAAGGAUGAUUCAUAUCCCUCUCCUUUUACAGUCUGUUCCCAGACUUCAUGGUCAUUCUGUGUUCCAAAAAGGAAUUUUUCAAUCAUUGGUGACAUGUAUACCUUUAUAAUUUUGUAAAUACUGCCAAAAAUUUCUGUUUUUAUAUUAACAUUCUCAUUCUCUAUUGACUCAUGAUGGUGUCUUCAUCCAUUUCUGAAAUUUGUGGAAUACAUGUUCAUCUAAUAAUUAGUGGUUUCAGUUAAUUUUGUGAAU